ACGCCAACCGGCUUCCGUUGCUGUCAAGGGCACCGGGAUCUUAGCUAAACUCACAGUAGCUGUCCUGCACGUGUGUUUCCUGGCGGACUUUUAACGACUAAAAUAUUAAACUGUUUUUCCAGCGAUGGACAGCUUCGGUUCGGACUUUUCAGCAGGUGGGGCUGGUGGUAAAAUGGACACCGGCACGAUCAUGGAGCAGGUUAAAGUCCAAAUCGCGGUGGCUAACGCACAGGAGCUGCUGCAGAGAAUGACAGAUAAAUGCUUCAAGAAAUGUAUAGGAAAACCUGGAAGUACAUUGGACAACUCAGAGCAGAAAUGCAUCGCCAUGUGCAUGGACCGGUAUAUGGACGCUUGGAAUACCGUUUCCCGAACGUAUAACUCCAGACUACAGAAGGAAAGAGCUCGCAUGUGAAAGGGCAUCCUUUCCCACUUCAUUUUUUUUUUCUUCCUUCCCCCCUUUGACCACUGAGGUCACUUGAUGUUCCUCAUGGAUGCUGCACCGUCACAGCUUCUUUUUUUUCCUCCCCCUACCAAUGCCUCUAGCAGGCUGGCACAGCUUGCCAACUGCAGCCAUAGCAGUAUGGACAACAGUCAAUUCAGUAAACGUUUUUUUUUUUUUUUUUUUAAUGUUAUGUUUUUCAUAUACUGGUAUUGUGGCUGAAAAGAAGUUUAGCGCCGGACCAUGUAUGUGUCCCAAUAUUUCUGAAAAGGGUAUGUGUGUGUGUGAUAAGUAGCCAUGAUUGACUUGACAUACUAUUCAGCACAACCGCAUUGAGGUUGGCGUGUGCAUACUAUGGACAGUCAUUUGGGUUUCUCAAAAUAAAUAGGAAUCAUAUAAAGAA